UCCCUUCCGGAAAUCACUGAGAUAGGAACCAAAUUUGAAUCCGGGAACCAAAGUGAGGCUUGAACUGGAAACCGAGAGGUUCAUCGUUGGGCCUGAUAGCGGCGGCUGCGGGGAGAGAGCGCUCCUUCCAGGGAAGCUUCCCGGGUUCAGGGCGGGGGAAGGAAGCUGGAGGACAAGAGCUCGAGACGGGCGGUUGUAAAGGAUGCCUAUCCGUGCCCAUUGUACCAUCUGCUCAGAUUUCUUUGAUAAUGAGAGGGAUGUGGCAGCUAUUCACUGUGGACAUACUUUCCACCAUUUAUGCCUCAUCCAGUGGUUUGACACAGCACCUAGUCGGACUUGUCCACAAUGCAGAAUCCAGGUUGGCAAAAGACACAUAAUCAACAAACUGUUCUUUGAUGUUGCCCUGGAGGAACAGACAGGACUGGAUGCAGAAAGUCUACAGAAUGAACUGGAUAGGAUGAAAGCCCAGUUAGCCAUGAAAGAGAAGGAGAAACGGGAUAUCCAAAAUAUUGUGAAUUCACUAAGGGAGACGCUGGAUUUGCGCAAUGCCACCAUUGAAUCACUCCAGAAAUCUGUGACUCAGAUGACAAUGUUGUGUGCUACUCUCAAGAAACAAAUGAAGUAUCUGGAGCAACAGCAAGAUGAUGCGAAGAGUGCAAAAGAGGAGGCCCGAAGGCUGAGAAACAGACUGAAAACAUUGGAGGGGAUUGAGACACUGCUGCAAAGUCAACGUCCCGAGGUAGAAAAGAUGAUUCGUGAAAUGGGAACAGGUCAGGCUGCAGUGGAACAGCUUGCCGUCUAUUGUAUCUCACUGAAAAAGGAAUAUGAAAAUCUGAAGGAGUCUCAGAAAGCAUCAAACGAUACAAAAGAGAAGCUGAGAAAGGAGUUGUUUUCUGCUAAUCACAAGUUACAGAAGACAGUUCUAGAGUUGGAGAAAACAACAGAAGAGGUGAAGAGCACCCAGACUGAUCUGAGAAAUGCAGAUAAUGAGAUAAUGAGUUUGAAAAAGAAGAUAAGAGUGAUGCAAGAUACCAUUAAAGUGUCAUCAUUAAGCAAUGAAGCACUUGGCCGGCUUGUCUCUGAAAGCCCUGCUCCUCUAGAAUUGUUAACCCCAAAGCUCCAUCGACCAGCUCACAGUGAUGAGAUUGACCUGAAUGAUACUUUUGAUGUACAGACACCAAAGAAUGAUACCUUUGAUGUACAGACACCAAAGCAUCCACCUCACAAGAGCAUCCCUGCUCCUGCAAAAAAACUUAAACUGGAUAAAAAGUUUGCACCUGUGACAAGUUUAUCAAGAGUUCUGAAAGAAACAGUGGAGAGCUGCUCAGCUGACACAGAUGAUGAACAUCUGGAAGAUCUUCUACCUGCUUUCAUUAGAAACUCUGUUAUGUCCAAGAGGCCGCCUGCAAGCAACAUGCUUGUACCACAGAGGAACACAGGAAUAGUGAGAACUGGGUAUGAUGGCUUAGGAGGCAGAACCAAAUUCAUUCAGCCUAGUAUAUCAACCGAGAUUCGCCCCCUGCCUUUGAGGUGCAAGAAAAGAAGUGUUUCUAAGCAACCAACAGCAGCCGCUUCUGGCAUCAGUCAGACUAAACUAGACAACUUCCUUAAGUAACUAUGGAUCUAUCUAGCUUAGACAUAGAUAAUCAGAGGCCAGGACUUAUCUUCUACAGCAGACAGAACAGCAUGGACCUCAGUGAGCCAGGACAACUCCACAGUGGCACAGCAGCUGCACUCUCCCUGGCUUUUGUUCAUCUGACUCUCCCACCCCCCACCGAUUGAACAUGGCUUUGCUGUGCUACCAGACUUUAGGGGAGAAAAGGACUGAGUAGUUUCUGUUCCAGAAUGCCUUCUCUCUCUGCUGUCUUGGAGUACUGUAGUUUAAUCCUGGUAAGCCAAGGAAGCCUUGGCUCCUGUAACUUUGACAGUGGGGAAUACUACAUCUGAAGAAAAUAUGGCUUGAGAAGUGUCUCCUCAGUAAAAUGCUGCUAUGUUAGCAUCUGUGACAUGGAAACCUUCAUAUAAGAAGAGAAUUAUUAUUUGCAACUGUCAAGUUGCAUUGAUGUCUUGAGUGAUUGGAUGGCAUACACAAGAAAAGAAUUUAUGUAAUUGAUCUUCUAACAUCAGGGAGCAAGGUCAUGUCUUUGCCAGAUAUGUCUGCUAGAUCUGUUAGCUCUUGAUCCUCAUCUUUGGUGGCAGUACUUAAUGCUCAGUUAAUGCUGAAUUUCUCCAUUCUUCUCACUGAUUUGGGAUAUUCGCCGCCCCCCCCCCUUUUAGGCUGAUACUUUUUUGGGAACUGUUUACAUGUUUUUUGUCUCAAGGAAUGUCCUGCUUCUGAAGGUGAACCGAUUCUGUUGUUUUUAUGUAAUCAUGCAAAAUUGAUAGCCUGUCCCUAGGCCUGCAGAUAUUCAUGUUUCUUACUUGAACACCCAGUUCCUCAAUCUCUUACAUGCCUAAAGUGUUCAAACUAAUUUCAAGCAUUCUGUAGCUUCACAAAAGCAAAUGUUGUCUCGCAUAUCUGGCAUUCAGUUGUCACCUUUUUCUCCUUGAGUUAACAGUGUACUGUGUUUGAGAGAUGAAUAUUUUUGGAGGGAACUUGCAAUAUUUAGAUCUGUAUCUUACUUUGAUUUUUGUCCUAGACAUUUCUCCUCUCCCCCCCCCCCCACAAACUGUUGAUGCUAUUUGUCUCCGAAUUUUUUGUUUCCUGCCUUCAAGGAGGGUUUUAUAGAGCAUAUGGAUAUUGUUCUUCCAGAGUUAGACUUCUGAUUUCCUGAUGGAAUAGCAAAAUUCAACUAUCGUUUGUGGUUACUGCUGAGUCUAGGCUUAAAGUGGGUUUGCCCCCAAAGUUUUAAGGAUUCAAUCCAUAAAAUGGGGAUUAAAAAUAUUGCUUAUCUGAAGCAAAUGUCCACUUGUUUCCUUAAAGAGAUUCAGGCAGAAGGGACCUUCUGAGUUGGCGUUACCCUGGUGUUUUGAGUUGCAGGGAAAUCUGGUAAAAAGCUUUUGCUGAAUAUCUCCACUUUAACUCCAAAGUUAAGUUGCAAGCUUACCCAAGACAUAAAUCAAUCAAUGAAUGAACUUGUACUUAAAAUUCAUAAUUGUAUUUAUUUUGAAUAAAUGUUGUAUGUGCCCCAUCUGUUAAAAUGUUA